UUAAUGUUUGAACGUCUGUCGAAUAAUUGCUAUAACGAAAUCGUUGCAUAGUUUUCAUUAUGUUAUAUUCGAACGCAAGGGUACCUUAAUUAUCAACACAAAUUUUAAUUAACGAGAUAAUAAUUAAAUCCAAGCACGUGAGGAUGUAACAUGAGUUGUCCUCCCUUACUGAGUAGUAAUGCGUGCGCAGUAUCAGAGUGGUGCUCGUUUUGUUUUAUCCUUUCCCAGUUACCAUCUCAGCACGUUUGAUAACAAUAUCCUUUAUGCGUCGUAUCCCUAAUUAUUACUACUACUACUUUACACAGACUAUAGUACGUUCCUUUAUGAAACAUUUCUAUAAUCCAAUGAAAUUGGCUUCAAAGAACUUAGACCUGAUAUAAUCCUGUUGAUAUUAAUCUUCUAGAAUUAAUCUAAAAUAUCUCUUUUGAACUCAGACCAAUGGGAAAAUUUUUCUUAAUUACUUUCCGGAAACUAUUCAGCAAGAUACAGCUGCAUGCUAAUUAACUAUGGAUUGCUAAUUACAAAGGAGUUUGUAACAGCUACAUAUAUUAACAAACACUACAGUUGAUGGAAGUUUAAAUCAGUGAUUAUAUGAGUAUUUUGUUAAGGAUUAACAGUAAAAACAAACAUCUGUAUGUUGUGGUGAGUCUAGAAUAAUUAUGGAAAAUGAAUUGUGCGAGAACAAGAUUGAAUGUAAUGCAGAUUUUCAAAGGAGUGAUUCUCCUGAUGAUGUGAUGAAAGAAAUGGGUAAAAUAUCGUACCAAUGUGAUAUCUGUGAGAAGACAUUUUCUCAAAAAUGUCGACUCACUGCACACAGCCGUAUUCAUACAGGAGAGAAGCCAUAUCACUGUAAUAUCUGUGGUAACUCAUUCUCUCACAAAGGCAACUUAACAUCUCACCAACGUAUUCACAGUGGUAGCAAUCUAUAUCAGUGUGAUAUCUGUGAUAAAUCAUUCUAUCAAAAGGGUCACCUUAUUAAUCACCAGCGAAUUCAUACAGAAGAAAAACCAUUCAACUGUGAUGUCUGUGGUAAAUCAUUCUCUCAGAAAGGUAAUCUCACGACGCACAACCAUAUUCAUACAGGAGAGAAGCCAUUUCACUGUAAUAUUUGUGGUAAAUCAUUCUCUCAGAAAUACUAUUUAAUCAAUCACCAACGCACUCAUACGGGAGAGAAACCAUACUGUUGUGAUACCUGUGGUAAAUCAUUCUCCCAAAGAAACAAUCUGAUUGUGCACAGACGCAUUCAUACAGGGAAGAAGUUGUAUCAGUGUUCAGUGUGUGGUAAAUCGAUCUCUGGGACAAGUAAUUUAACUAAACACAUACUCACUCAUACAGGAGAGAAGCCAUAUCACUGUGACAUCUGUGGUAAAUCAUUCUCUUGUGGAAACACCUUAACUAGGCACAAACGUAUUCAUACUGGAGAGAAACCAUAUCAGUGUGAUGCCUGUGGUAAAUCAUUCUCUGAUAACGGUGGCUUAACUGUACAUAGACGUAUUCACACAGGAGAGAAACCAUAUCACUGUGAUAUAUGUGAUAAGUCAUUUGCUCAGAAUACCGAGUUGGCUACUCACAAACGUAUUCACACAGGUGAGAAGCCAUAUCACUGUGAAACUUGUGGCAAAUCAUUCUCUCGCAAAUACAACUUAAUUUCCCACCAACGUAUUCAUACAGGAGAAAAACCGUAUUGCUGUGAUAUCUGUGGUAAAUCGUUCUCUCAGAGAAACAAUUUGAUAGUACACAAACGCACACAUACAGGUGAGAAGCUGUAUCAGUGUUCUGUUUGUGGUAAGUCGUUCUGUCAAAAAGGUGAGCUGACUUCUCAUGAACGUAUUCAUACAGGUGAGAAACCAUAUCAUUGCGAAAUCUGUGGGAAAGCCUUCUCGCAAAGACAUCACUUAACUACGCACAUAGGUGUUCAUACAGAAAAGUAACCAUGUCAGAAUGUAAGUUGUGCUAAAUAAAUUCCUUCAUAUUCACCGA